AUGGAAGGCACAGCAACAAAAAAGCCCCGGGUAUGGAAUCCUGCUGUCGACAAUGAAGUCGUCAAGGAUAAACUCAGUUCUGAGCAGCGUCAAGACACAAAUGCUAACGUCGACCUAUCCCGGGCUGCGAACCCCGCAAUACCGAUGUUGAUUCAGAACUACUUCCAUUUGGCACGAUUCCAACAACAGCGGGUAAUGGAAGAAGCAAUGCGUCGUGGUCUUGUGCCACAGUUCCCUGCAAUGCCGCAGAUGUCCUCUCGACAGGCACCUCUUCCCACCAUGCUCCCCACUCAGGCAGCUAUGGGCUCCCUCCUACCAUGCUCUACGACUACAGUAACCGCACAAAGCGGAGGCGUUAAUCCAAUAGUGCAGUCUGCACUGGGCAUACCUAUCGCUAACGAGAAUUGCUGUGCGAUAUGCGGUGCUGGCUUCCGUCUAACUGCUGAUCUUGUGCAGCAUAUGCGGAAUAAUCAUAGAAGAACCCGAUUUAAGCGAAAGAACGAAAAAUCUUUUGUUUGA